UACAUUCUAUAAAAGCCCUUUUGAGUUUUGACAUAGAAUUAUAUCAUUAUUUCUAGUGCAGACAAGAAAGAAACAGAUCUGGUGGAAAAUGUCUGAAGUUGAUGUCAAUGAGACUGAUCCAUUCAUGUUCAAAUAUCGAGGAGUAUAUUUUCAAACGGAGUAUACUUCUCCCCAAAAAAUUGAUUCUAUCCAGGACUUUAAAGUUAAAGAUAGUGACGUUUUUCUGGUUACAUUUCCAAAAACUGGGACAAUCUGGACACAGCAGAUUCUCAGUCUAAUUUUUAAUGAAGGUCAUCGUAAUGGAACAGAAACAGUUGCUACCAACUACAGAGUCCCGUGGAUUGAAUAUAACAUUAAGAAUGUGGACUAUGACAAUCGUCCUUCUCCUCGUCUUUUUUCAUCACAUUUGCCCUACUAUUUAGUUCCAAAGGAUCUCAGGAACAGGAAAGGUAAAAUCAUUUAUGUUGCCAGAAACCCAAAGGAUACGGCUGUUUCAUUUUAUCACUUUCUUAAAGUCCUUGUGAAAAUAAAAGAAGUAAAUGAAUGGGAAUCAUUCUUGGAUCACUAUUUAUCAGGGAAAGUGAUAGGGGGUUCUUGGUUUGAUCAUGUCAAAGGAUGGUACACCCACCAGGAAGAUUUUAACAUUUUAUUUCUGACAUAUGAGGAGAUGAAAAAGGAUCUACGUUCUGCUGUGCUAAAAAUUAGCAAAUUUGUGGAGAAAGAACUCGAGGAAAGAGAAGUGGACACCAUUGUAGAAAAGGCAACAUUCCAAAACAUGAAAAAGGACCCUCUUGCUAAUUAUACUCAUGUGUCAACAGACCAUUUAGACAUGGGGAAAGGAAGUUUUCUUCGAAAAGGCACAGUUGGAGACUGGAAAAACCUAAUGACUGUAGCACAAAACGAGAAAUUUGAUACGUUUUAUCAUGAACAGAUGAGAGGCAUACCCAUCAAUUUUACUUGGGAUAUCAAUGAGGAAAAAUGAAUUCUACAAGUUUAUCUGCCUCUCAAACAAUAAAAAAUAUGGUCUGAGACUUUUGAAAAUAUCUCUCUUUCAAGUGACUUGAGUUGUACAUUAGUAGAUCUUGUUCUGCCUACACAUUCACUAAAACGUUAAACUCACGCUUGUUGGAUUAAAAAUCCAGGAUUCUGGCUCCUAAGUAAAAAAAAAAUAAAAAUUCAUUCACUAAAUAAACAUUUAACUUAAAAA